CUGGCAUGAAUCUCUUACCUGGUGGGGGACUAAUUCCACUUUUAGCAAACUGGAGGUCGUUGAGAGGACAGUGUGGGAGACUCAUUGCAGAUUCCUGUCUUGUUCCUGAUGCGUGAAUAAUUGAAGAUUGCUCCUGCAGUACUUUUGGACAUUCAUCUGGGAGCAGAAAAAGAAGAAAUACUGGAAGAGGAAAAGGAGAACAGGGGAAAAAGAACAGCCCUGGAAUUGUUCAGGGCCUUGAAAGUGAUGGGCAAGCAAUAUAUGUGAAAAUACUACUGUCAUCAGGAAGAAUGCAAACAACUUAAAAUGGUGAUGCAUGGUGACAGGCAUGGCACAGACCCCUCAAAUACAGGAUAGUGUGUCAUUGUAGAGGAGAAUGAUCAAGUCCUCCUCUUUUGGGUGCCUUCAGGAGAAAGAAAUGGAAAAUCAUAGAGCCUUCAGUAUGAGGCGGGGUGGAUGGAGGAAACGAGCUGGCGAUCAUGAUGGCUGGGGGACAUGGGGAGGGUACAUGUCUGCAAAGGUCAAGAAACUAGAGGACCAGUUCUGUGCAGAUGCAGUUAUUCAGCAGCAAAAGGAUGGAACUUCAACUGGUAUCUUUAGUGGAGUUGCCAUCUAUGUCAAUGGCUUUACAGAUCCUUCAGCUGAUGAAUUAAGGAGGCUAAUGAUGUUGCAUGGAGGCCAAUAUCAUGUGUACUAUUCCAGAUCCAAAACAACGCACAUCAUUGCCACCAAUCUUCCAAAUGCCAAAAUAAAAGAACUGAAAGGGGAAAAAGUGGUUCGGCCAGAAUGGAUCAUCGAAAGCAUAAAAGCUGGACAUCUCCUCUCCCAUGUUCCAUAUCAGCUUUAUACCAAGCAGUCCAGUGUUCAGAAAGGUCUCAACUUUAAUACCAUAUGCAAACCUGAAGAUGCCAUGCCAGGUCCUAGCAAUAUAGCUAAAGAGCUCAACAACAGGGUAAACCAUUUAAUAAAAAAGUGUGAGACUGAAAAUGACAUCAAAGGCAAUGGAAUUGAUAGCUGGAAUGAAGAGGAGGAGGAAGACAGUAAAGAUUUGGGAAUUGUAGAAUUGGAACAGGUCUUUCCUGUGAGGACACACAAUGGAGUUCAGCAUUACAGAGACAGCACUGCCAUUUUUAACGGACACACCCUCAAUUCUACCAGUGCCUUAAAGACACAGGAUUGCUUGGUGCCCUCUGGCAACAGUGUUGUAAGCAGGUUCUCUCCAGGCCCCCUGCAGGAGGAGGGGAAGACUGAAAAAGGCAUCAUUGACUUUAGAGACUGCACUAUGCAGCAGUUGCAGCAAAGCAACAAAAACACAGAUCUUUUAUGGAAUCCACAUAGGACUAUGAGUAAUUCAUUCUCAUCUUCAUCUUUGCACAGUAAUACUAAACUAAAUGGUGCUCACCACUCCACUGUUCAGGGGCCUUCAAGCACAAAAAGCACUUCUUCAGUACCUACUCCUAGCAAGGCAGCUUCAUCACCAGUGUCCAAACCUUCAGACUGCAAUUUUAUUUCUGACUUUUACUCUCGUUCAAGACUGCAUCACAUAUCCACAUGGAAGAGUGAAUUGACAGAGUUUGUCAACAACCUGCAGAGAAAAAACAAUGGUGUCUUUCCAGGAAGUGAAAAGUUAAAAAAAUUGAAAACAGGCAGGUCUGCACUUAAAACUGAUACAGGUAAUGUGUCUGUCUUGAAUUCAGCCAAGCCACAGAGCUGUAUAAUGCACGUGGAUAUGGAUUGCUUCUUUGUAUCCGUGGGUAUCCGAAAUAGGCCAGAUCUCAAAGGAAAACCAGUGGCUGUUACAAGUAACAGAGGUGCAGGAAGGGCAUCACUGCGUCCUGGUGCAAACCCACAGCUGGAAUGGCAAUAUUACCAGAACAAGAUACUGAAUGGCAAAACAGCAGAAAAUAGAGUUCCUGAUAAACUGGACUCAACCUGGGGCCAUCAAGAUUCUGCACAGAUGAAUGGAGCUGACUCAGAUCUCUCUGUUUUGUCAAUGGCUGAAAUUGCAUCUUGUAGUUAUGAAGCCAGACAAGCUGGUAUAAAGAAUGGAAUGUUUUUUGGCCAGGCAAAAAAGCUAUGUCCAAAUCUUCAAGCAGUUCCAUAUGAUUUUAAUGCGUACAAAGAAGUUGCACGGACAUUGUAUGAAAUGCUAGCAAGCUAUACUCAUAACAUCGAAGCAGUCAGUUGCGAUGAAGCUCUAGUAGAUAUCACUGAAAUCCUUACAGAGACCAGAUUGACUCCUGAUGAAUUUGCAAAUACUAUUCGCACCGAAAUCAAAGCCCAGACUAAAUGUGCUGCCUCUGUUGGGAUGGGUUCUAAUAUUCUGCUGGCCAGAAUGGCAACUCGUAAAGCAAAACCAGAUGGACAAUACUACUUAAAACCAGAAGAAGUAGAUGAUUUUAUCAGAGGUCAACUAGUCACCAGUCUUCCAGGAGUUGGUAGAACAAUGGAAUCAAAGUUGGCAUCUUUGGGAAUUAAAACUUGUGGAGAUCUACAGUAUGUUUCAAUGGCAAAACUCCAGAAAGAAUUUGGUCCAAAAACAGGACAAAUGCUCUACAGAUUCUGCCGUGGCUUGGAUGAUAGACCUGUUCGAACAGAAAAGGAAAGAAAAUCUGUUUCAGCAGAAAUAAACUAUGGUAUAAGAUUUACUCAGCCUAAAGAAGCGGAAGCUUUUCUCCUGAGUCUUUCAGAAGAAAUCCAACGUAGACUUGAAGCUGCUGGUAUGAAGGGUAAACGAUUAACUCUUAAAAUCAUGGUUAGAAAGGCUGGAGCCCCUGUAGAACCUGCAAAAUAUGGAGGCCAUGGUAUCUGUGAUAACAUUGCCAGGACUGUCACUCUUGACCAUGCGACAGACAGUGCAAAAGUAAUUGGGAAAGAAACUCUGAACAUGUUUCACACAAUGAAACUGAACAUAUCAGAUAUGCGAGGGGUUGGCAUUCAGGUGCAUCAAUUAGUUCCCAUCAAUAAAACCACUUCAGCUGUUUCCUCCAACUCAUCAGUACGAUCUGGACACUUACCUGGUGGAUCACAUUCAGUUCUUGAUCUUUUCCAUGUUCAGAAAGCUAAGAAAUGUUCAGAAGAAGAGCAUAAAGAGGUGUUUGUAGCUGCUAUGGAUCUUGAAAUAUCCUCUGCAUCAAGAACUUGCACUUUUCUGCCAUCUCGUACUAGCCAUGUGACAUCUGGUCUCAAUCCCAUUAUUAGCAAGGCCGACUCUGCAGUCAAAUGGAAUGGUUUACACUCUCCUCUCAGUGUAAAAUCAAGGCUUAAUUUAAGUAUUGAGGUUCCAUCACCUUCCCAGCUAGAUAAGUCUGUCUUGGAGGCACUGCCUCCUGAUCUUCGAGAACAAGUAGAGCAAAUAUACACCAUUCAACAAGGAGAGAUAUAUGGUGAUAGCAAGAAAGAGCCAAUAAAUGGGUGCAACACUGGACUUCUGCCCCAGCCAAUUGGAGCAGUUCUUCUACAAAUACCAGAACUCCAAGAACCAGACAGUGAUGUGGGAAUUAAUGUGAUUGCCCUGCCUGCAUUUUCUCAGGUGGAUCCUGAGGUUUUUGCUGCACUGCCUGCUGAGCUGCAGGCAGAACUCAAAGAUGCAUAUGAUCAAAGGCAAAAGCAGUCAGAAAACAUGAUUUAUCAGCAGCUGCCUGGCACCUUUGCAUCAAAGAAUCCUUUACUACAAUUGAAGCAAGCAACAGUAAAAACUAAGAAAAAAACCAGGAAAAAAAAUGCAGUCAGUCCUAUGAAAAAGAUUCAGAGCCCUUUGAAAAACAAACUCCUUGGUAGCCCUGCAAAAAACACAGUAGCCACUUCUGGAAGCCCACAGAAGCUAAUGGAUGGUUUCUUAAAACAGGAAGGUACAGUCACUGGUAAACCUCAGGUGGAACCCGUUCCAUCAACUUCAGAUAAUCCAGGGCCAUCAGAUUUAAAGACAAAACCAUCCGUCUCAUUUAGGUCACAGGCACCCAAUCUAGCUGGGGCUGUUGAAUUCAAUGAUGUAAAGACCUUGCUUAAAGAGUGGAUUACAACUAUUUCAGAUCCCAUGGAGGAAGACAUUCUUCAAGUUGUGAAGUACUGUACUGAUUUGAUAGAGGAAAAGGAUUUGGAACAGUUAGAUUUGGUCAUAAAAUACAUGAAAAGGUUAAUGCAGUCAUCUGUGGAAUCGGUUUGGAAUAUGGCAUUUGACUUCAUUCUCGACAACGUUCAGGUGGUUUUACAACAAACCUAUGGAAGCACAUUAAAAGUUAUCUGAACUUGUAGUAAAGAGCUUGGUGAGAGCCUGGUGCUCUCUGCUAGCUGUGCCAUAAGUGCUUGUGAGGUAUUUGCAAAGUGCAUGAUAGUUAAUGCCCUAAGUUUUUAUAAUUUUAAAUUUCUUUUUAAACAGAAAGUGUUUUUGUACAUUUCUUUUUAAAAAGUGCCAAAUUUGUCAGUAUUGCAUGUAAAUAAUUGUGUUAAAAUUCUUUUAUUGUAGUAUAGACUCUAUUUACAAAAUGUUUGUUUAUAAAGUUUUAUGGAUUUUUACAGUGAAGUGUUUACAGUUGUUUAAUAAAGAACUGUAUGUA